AUGACAGACCAGAACCAGACAGCGACCCAGGAGGCCCCCGGCCUCGCGGGCCUGCAGAGCCCCUUUGCCUCGUCGACGGCCGCGGGCGGAGACGCCGACGUGCUGUCAUCAUCGCCGACCGACAGGCGGCAGAGCGCCGAGUGGGACGCCUCCAAGGUGCCGCCCAGCCGCUUCCAGCGCCGCAAGGGCUCCAUCUACAGCACGCCCGCCUCGCGCGACGGCCACGUCGACAAGAACUACGCCGAAAAGUACCAUGACAAGCUCGUCGAGAAGGGCUGGGCGCCGUCGGCCAAGAAGUAA